AUGUCGCGCUCAACCUCGAAUCCUUCACCGCAAGCUCUAGCCGCGGUGAACGUCACCUUCCUCGGCACCGCCUCCGCCCAGCCCUCCUCAUCCCGCAACCACUCUUCCCUCGCUCUACGACUCGACGGCGACGUAUGGCUGUUCGAUUGCGGAGAGGCGACGCAGCAUCAGGUGCAGAGGAGCGCGGUGAAGAUGGGGAGGAUUAAUAAGGUGUUCGUUACACAUACCCAUGGCGAUCAUAUUUUCGGGCUUGUGCCGCUUUUGGCGUCUAGGCUUAAUGGGGCGGGUGGGAUGGUGGAUGAGGCGGACGAGGGGAGGGUACAGGAGGUAGAGGGGAAGGAGCCUCUGGAGAUCUACGGACCCCUCGGCACACGCGCCUAUGUCCGCAACGGACUAGUAUACUCGCACACACUCCUCGGUGCACCCUACGUCGUGCACGAACUUCGAUUACAAACCGACCCACAAGACGGAGACUACACAGCGCUCGCACCACAAGCGUACGAGCUCCCCGGGCGCAACAUCGCCCAGAACGCCGACGGCACAUGGCCCACUAUAUUCUCAAACGACUUGUUGUCGGUAUCCGCCGCGCCGAUCAUGCAUUCUGUGCCCUGCGUGGGGUAUGUGGUGGACGAGAAGCCCGUGCCGGGCAAGAUGGAUCCGGCAAAGUACGUUCCGCAUUUGAAGAGGACGAAGACGCCUAUGAGCGUUAUGCGGACUUUGCAGACUGGCCAAUCGGUCACUCUGUCGGAUGGAACGGUGCUUGAGGGUCCUGCGCGUAGACCUGGACGAAGAAUGGUGAUCUUGGGCGAUACAUACGAUCCGUCGCCUAUAGUCCCCCUCGCACAAGAUGCAGAUUUGUUGAUACACGAAGCGACCAACGCGCACCUCCCCGCACUCGAUCCAGCAACAAAACCAGAAGACACAUUCGAGAGCGUACAGGCGAGGACGAUGUCGCGCGGACAUUCGACGCCGCAGAUGGCUGGGGCGUUCGCGAGGAGGAUCGGGGCGAGGAGAUUGGUGCUCAAUCAUUUUUCGGCGCGAUAUGCGGGGGACGAGAGGGAUGCCAGUGUGGAGGUUAUGAACGGGAUACGAGAUCUGGCGAAGGAAACCUAUCAUGGGCCCGUCGUGUGCGCGAGGGAUCUCAUGAGCUUCGAUGUAGAGCUCAGACAGCCGUAG